CCCUAAGUGACGUCAGAUGAAGGUGAGGGUAACGUGGAUGGCCGCUCUACACUGCCUAUGUUCCACACCAUCUGUCAUUUCGCCGCCCAGUCUCCCGAAGGCUGUCACGGCUUUCACGAUUAUCGCGGCAGAUACUGCACACCUCCAAGCGAAUGAUCGUUUCAAAAGGACCCCAGCCCCACCGAGAUGAACGUGGAGCCCUGGGCCGGCCCCCAAGACCAGUCCUCCACUGAGCACGCAUCGGCCCCCGAGCGCCCCGACGAGCUGUGCCUGGACUCCUUCUGGAGCGAAGUAGAGCGCAUCCGCCAGGGGAGCGGCGACAGCGAGCCAGAGGCCGGCCGCCGCGAUUCCCGCCAAUCUGAGGACGGGGAGCAGGAGGAGCAGUGGCUGCAGGAGGCGGGGCUGUCUCCCCUGAUCAGCGAGGACAGCGCGGACGUGGAGAGCGCCGUUCUGCUGUCCACCCUGACGCGCACACAGGCCGCCGCCGUGCAGAGGCGCCUGGACUCCUACACCUCCUCCCUGCGCAAGAGGAACAAGCCGCCCCCCCGCGACGUCCGCGACAUCUUCACACAGACGACUCUGCCCGAAUCCCAGGACUACGAGCAGCUGGCCCCACAGAGCAGCAUGGAGACCGCGCGGAAGACAGGGAGCACGGAUCAGCAGGGCAGGACGCUGAAGGAGGAGAUCUUCAUCACGGACGUGGCGUACUGCGAGCAGGCCGUCAUCCUGCUCAAACAGGCCGAGCUGCCGCAGAACCACGGCCGCCGCAAGAGGGACGACGGGACUCUGCCUAGGGUGGUGUCCCCGCAGUGCCGGCUGGGUGUGACCCGGGUCGAGGACCUGUCUCAGCAGGACAUGAAGAAGGUGAGGCAGCUGGCUCUCAUCGACAUGACGGCCCUGUGUGACCUGCUGGAGCUCGACGUGAAAAGACAGAAGACCUGCAAGAGAAAGAUCCCAGAUAGUGCUCUUUUUGGGGUUCCCCUGGCCAUGCUGCUGGAGAACGAUCAGAAGAUCAAGGCCAGCACCCCUGUUCCUCUCAUCCUGCAGGCACUCCUGUCUUUCCUGGAGAAAAAGGGUAUUGACUCUGAGGGUAUCUUGCGAGUUCCAGGAUCCCAGACCAGGAUAAAGGUGCUGCAGCAGAAGCUGGAGAACACCUUCUACAGCGGCGGCUUCAGCUGGGACGAGGUCAGCCCAAACGACGCCGCCGCGCUCCUCAAGAAGUUCAUCCGCGAGCUGCCGUCCCCGCUGCUGACCGCCGAGCACCUCAGCGCCUUCAGCGCGGUCCGCGACAUUCCAGAGCUGAAACAGAAGCUGCACGUGCUGAACCUGCUGGUCCUCCUGCUGCCAGAGACGAACAGGAACACACUGAAGGUGCUGCUGGAGUUCCUGAGUAAGGUGGUGUCCCGUGAGCGGAGGAACAGGAUGAACCUGUGGGCCGUCUCCACCAUCAUGGCGCCCAACCUGUUCCUGCACAAGGCGCUGCCCAGCCGGCUGACGGACGGGGUGGAGCGCGGCCAGGCGGAGAGAGCCGCCGACAUCAUGAGACUCCUGAUCCGCUACCAGGACCUGCUGUGGACCAUCCCCAACUUCCUGAUGAGCCAGGUGCGCAAGCUGAACGAGACCAGCAGCCGCCGCUACCAGUUCUACGACAAGCGCAUCAAGAACCUGCUGAGGAAGAUCCACGCGGACAGCAAGGACAAGCCCGACAAGAACGCGUCCGAGCCCUGCCGCACGGUGAAGGUCCAGGUGGGCGGGGUCCUCAGCAGCUCCAUGGAGGUGCGGCUCAACGUCAACUCCCGCGCCUCCGACCUGCUGGCCCGCGUGCAGCAGGAGCUGUGCGCCUCCGACAACGGGAAGGGCCCGCUGAGGAGAAACGGCUCUGUUGCCCUUCCUGACUGUGCUGUUUACGAAGUGGGUGGAAACAUCGGGGAGCACUGCCUGGACCCCGAAACGCACCUCCUGGACCUGAACAACAGCAACCCCGGCGGGGAGUGGGUCAUCCGGCUCAAACCUCCCAACAGCAGGGGGCUCUAGAGAGCAAGGAGACUUCCCGCUCCGCCCCCACCCCCCUGGGACCUGUCACCGGGACGUUUGACACGCCCCCCCCCCCACCCCCCUCACCUCCCGGGGAGCAUUCAGCUGGCCUUGUUGCUCUGGGGCAAAUGAGGGGGGGGGUGGGGUCAUUUUUUGGGGCGGAAAAGGUCUCUGUCAAACACAAGGGAGCAGAACUCAGACGGGCUCCGCACAUCCCUGACCAGCUUCUUCAGUCUGUUAGAGCAGACAGCUCUUUACUCUCAUACACGCACCCUUACACAUACACACACAUACACACACACAAACACACACCCUUAC